UUGGUCUGCGCAGGCACAGUGCACAGUACUCGGGUUGUUUCAGCCAGGCCAGCCAGCCGGCCGUUUACCGUACGUUGAGUGCCUUCCUGCCGCAUCAUACAGCCCUAGCCAACUACUGUUUGUCUUCUCGCAUCAAGUUGGAUUUUUCCUGGAUAUCUUCAUUUUAGUUGUUACAGAAUAUUGCAGCAGUGAUGUCGAAUCUUCAGCGAGUAUAUGUUGUUGGAGUAGGUAUGACGAAGUUCUUCAAGCCUGGCAAAGCUUUUGGGGACUUCCAUGACCUUGCCAAGCAAGCGGGCCAGGCAGCGCUAGAGGAUGCCAAACUCCCCUUCGAUGCAGUGGAACAGGCCGUCUGCGGAUAUGUCUAUGGGGAUACUACGUGUGGACAGAGGGCAGUGUAUGAGAUUGGUAUGACUGGAAUCCCCAUUUACAAUGUUAACAAUGCCUGUGCCACAGGAUCCACUGCGCUGUUCCUGGCCAAGCAGCUGGUAGAGGGCGGUAGAGCAAACUGCGUCAUGGCGUUGGGUUUUGAAAAGAUGCAGCGAGGCUCUUUAACUACACAGUUCCAAGAUCGUGCUAAUCCUAUGGAGAAGUUUGUUGAAGUGAUGUCUGAACUUCAUGAUAUUACUCCAUCCCCGAUGGCUGCUCAGCUGUUCGGAAAUGCUGGAAGAGAGCACAUGCAGAAAUUUGGAACCACACCAGAACAUUUGGCCAAGAUCGCUUACAAGAACCACAAGCACUCAACUAACAACCCGAAUUCUCAAUUUCAAAAGGAAUACUCUAUGGAUGAGAUAAGGAACUCACCAAAAGUCUAUGAACCACUUACAAAAUUGGAAUGCUGUCCUACAUCUGAUGGAGCAGCAGCGGCCAUCUUGUGCAAUGAAGAGUUUGUAAUCAAUCAUGGCUUGCAGAAUCAGGCUGUCGAGAUCGCUGGCAUGACGAUGAAAACAGAUAAACCAAACACAUUUGAAGAUAAGAGCUCUAUGAAACUAGUUGGUUAUGACAUGACUAGGCGAGCAGCAGAGACUCUAUUCAGCAAGACGGGAGCUAGUGUUAGUGACGUAGAUGUGGUGGAACUACACGACUGUUUCGCAGCCAAUGAACUUAUCACGUACGAAGCACUGGGACUCUGUGAUGAAGGUAAAGCUGGAGAGUUCAUAGACAGUGGUGAUAACACGUAUGGAGGAAAGUUUGUCGUCAACCCAAGUGGAGGUCUCAUUUCUAAGGGCCAUCCUCUCGGAGCCACAGGUCUAGCACAGUGCGCUGAGCUUUGUUGGCAGCUACGAGGCCUGGCAGGCAAGAGACAGGUAGAGGGCGCUAAACUAGCUUUGCAACACAACAUCGGACUCGGAGGAGCAGUAGUGUGUGGUUUAUACAGGAUGGGAUUCCCACAAGGAGACAGACCGAGGUAUAACGUCCAGGCCAAUCUAACCUCUGCAGAGGAAUUCAAAUGUGAAGCUACCUUUAGAGAAAUUGAGAAUGUUCUCAAAGAGAAAGGGGCGGAGAUGGUGGAUAAAAUCAAAGGUGUGUAUGGUUUCAAGGUGUCAGGAGGACCAGGAGGAAAGUCCGCUUCAUGGAUCGUCGAUGUCAAAAAUGGAAAUGGAUCAGUCGAGAAGAACUCAUCAAAGAAAGCCGACUGCACAUUUAAAUUGAGUGAUGCCGACUUGGUUGAUCUGAUGACUGGAAAACUGAAUCCUCAGAAUGCCUUCUUCUCUGGGAAGCUCAAGAUCAGUGGAAACAUGGGAUUGGCCAUGAAGCUACAGCAACUCAAACCACCAACACCAAAGGCUAAGUUAUAGAGAUCAGGGUUCAAUCCCCCUCCUGAGAUUACCAUUCCUUCCAUUGCUGGUCCAUUCGUCCAUCCAGCUAUGGAACGUCAGUUUGAAAUUCUCGCUAUAGGCAAUAACUAAAAGUUCCCUGAUGGCAUGAAUUUGCUGCUCAAUAUGUGCACUGAAUUAGAAAUUACACUUGUUCUAUGAUAAGUAACCAAACAACUUCCGGUCUACUCAUACUGUGUACUAUUCUUACAUUCAAGCUACCAGAGGUUACUGGGUCACAAAGUAAACAACGUAAGCUACAUUUGGGAACCUUUAAUUAUUGUUGAUAGCAAGAUUUGUGUUAGUUUUAAAGAUACUGCUAUUAUGAUUAUUGACCCCCCAAAUCAAAAUUGGGUAAUUUGGGUUUGAACACCCAGUGGAGAAUAUUUCCAGCUUUUACAAUCUGAGAUGUCCAUCGACUUGAAGGAAUUCCGUUGGAGGACUCCAUUGUAAUUUGAACUCACACUUCAUCAUCAUGUGUCAUUUUAUCAUGUAGUGUAUAUGCCAUCAGACAAAUCAAAAUUAUGUUGGAUUUAUUAUCUGUCAUCCAUUAUUUGAUAAUUGGACAUGUGUAAUGUUCCAUCCACUAUGCAUCAUGAUUAGAUGCUUAUGAGGCAGAAAAGAUUGAAAAAAGGAAACAUA